CAAGGUCUUCGCGCCUUAUCUUCUUUAUCGAUUAAAAUCUACCAGAUUUUGUGUCAAUGACGAAGAAGAGUCUUGCAGGCGUUCAAAGUUUCCAGUUCGGAUAUAAGGAAGAAGGUUAAUUUCUCAGACUUGUCGUCUAAUUUUGACGCGCUGCAGAUGGGCGGAUGAUAAGGCACGCACAGAUGAACAGUCGCCAUCCAUCGUCACGACUCUCAAUCAUGGAGAUCUAAGCUAUAACCGCGGUCUUCUAAAAUCUGAAUCGAGGCUACCUGUCAAGAAGUGCAACAGUAUGGCAAUGAGGGAAGAAUUGGAAGAGAAGAGAAAUUACAACAGUAUGGGGGCACAACUAGUGCAUGUCCAAGGUGAGCAUCUCAAUUCUCAGCUCCCCUGA